AUGACAGCAGUACGACAGUUAAACUUUUCUGAUUUGUGUUUUAAAUCACAACAUAAAGAAAUAUUAAAACAUGUCUCGGGAUCAGCUAGCAGUGGAGAUAUGUUGACUGUGAUGGGGCCAAGCGGUUCUGGAAAGACAACUCUUCUACAUUCCAUAGCAGGGAAAGUCAGCGUCACAUCAGGGGACAUAACACUGAAUGGUUCACCAUUUAACAAGCAACAGCGCCGUCAUUUAGGUUACGUGAUGCAGGAAGACGUAUUUCUGCCAAACCUGACGCUGUGGGAAACACUCUACUUCUCAGCGAUGAUGCGAGUAUCAGACACAUUUUCAAAACAGGAGAAAUUGGAUCGUAUUGAGAAGAUCGUUACAACUCUGGACCUACAACAUUGUAUAAAUACAGUGAUUGGUGAUGCUUUCCAGAGAGGUCUGUCUGGAGGAGAGAGAAAGAGGACACAUAUCGCAUGUGAAUUGUUGACAGAUCCAGACAUUCUCCUUAUAGAUGAACCAACGUCCGGUUUAGAUUCGAGUUCUGCACACAGGCUGAUGGGACAACUAAAGAAGUACGCCUCGGAAUACAAUAAGAUAUUAAUGGUCACAAUUCACCAACCUUCCAGUAAAAUCUAUCAUAUGUUCUCCACCUUAUUGCUGCUGGCGGAGGGACAGCGAGUUUACUAUGGUGUCGCUGCAGAAGCUACGGUUUACUUCAGUAGUCUCGGAUUUACAUACAAUCCUCGGUACAACCCCGCCGACUACUUGCCGUUCGUUCUGGAGGAAAAAGAGACAAACCGCUGGCCAACGUCGUCGUGGAACCAGCUAAAGCUACUGAACUGGAGGUCGUAUAAGCAGGCAAAGGGUAGAAUAUUCCAGAGAUAUGACAUCAUACACGCUGCCGUAUUGGCCGUCAUAUUUGGCAUGCUGUAUUUUCAAAUUGAAAACAGCGAAAAGACAUUGAGAGAUAAGAUGGGAAUGGUCACCUGUUCCUUUCUGCACUGGGGACUGCAAAUUUCCUUUUCAACAAUAUUAGGCCAUUCAACUGAUAGGGGUGUGGUGUGGAAAGAGCGAACAGUUGGAGCCUACAGAUUGUCAAUCUUUUAUGUGUCCAGACUGACUACCGAACUACCACUACUUCUUGUCAUCCCGACUAUCUUUAACACAGUCUUGUAUUGGGCAGCUGGCCUCGGGGGCCUGGAUGGCUAUUUUGUCUUCUGUGGUAUCGGGAUUCUUAACGGUCUUCUUGUACAAAGUUUAGCAAGUGUCGUAGGAAUAUGUUUCGUCAACCUUAAGCUUUGUUUCCGAUUCAUGGAUGUGAUUCUACUAGGAGGGUUAUUGAUAGGUGGGUUUUUCAACACUCAUCCCCCGUCGUGGCUGUCAUGGAGUAAAUAUCUUUCAAUCUCCCAUUACCCUUACGCAGCAUCAGUGUCAUACCUGUUAAAAGAUAUGGAUCCACUUCCGUGCAACCAGACGAGUUUGACGCAGUACCCACGAUGUCGUAAUAAUGCCGCAGAUUUGGUGACCUCUCAUGAUGUAUUAGCCAAUGUAGGGAUAGACUUGCCAAUCUACUGCUACAUAGCAACUAUUGUUUCGGCAACAUUCUUACUACACUUAAUGGGAUACUGUGUAUUGCGAUGGAAACGAUAUACCACGUGA